AUGUAUCUCCACGACAUUGUCCGGGUUUUCGUCAUUAUCGCCUUGAGAUCCUGCUUUUCAUCAUCAUUCGCAUACGGUCCAGUAGAGUCGAUAGGGAGUGGUAUGGAAAAUUACGACUAUCCAGCAAUAGAGAAAAAAUCGUUGGAUCUAGGAGUUCCGGAAGCUGAACAUGUGUGUCCGACGACAAUUAUGAAAAGGCAUAAGCCCGCGUUCGGCCACAUGGGAAAUGGUAGUUUUGUCGAGGUACAGCAAGAUUCUGAACAUUCAUUCGUAGCUACAUUCGUCGAAUGCACCAACGGUCAUCAUAGGCCGCCAUGCCACGGAAUCAACACUGUUAUGGUAUUUAGAUAUUCGUCCGAAUGUGUAACAUCAUAUGAAUGGCGAUCAGCGUACGUUCGGCUACCAGGCUCGGACGUGGAUUUUGUCCAUGCGCAGAUAAAGAUUCCAAUCGCAUGUCAAUGUCGACUGAUCAGAAAAUUGCAACCAUUCACACGACGACUUUUCACGUUCCUCAAUUGA